CUUUCUCUCUCAUCCGAUCCCCUCCCCCCGGUCGCGGUAACGUUGCGAUGUCGGGGGUUUUACGAUGGAAGAAGCUCCGCGACACGGCGACGCGCGUCGCCCGGAGCGCCGCCGCGGCGUCCGCCACUGACCGUGAGACACCCUGCCGACUCUCCCGCCGCCGCCCGAUCUCCGCCAUCGCCGGUGACCAUCACCGCCGCCUCCUCCUACACGCGCCUGCGUCCCCCGCCCUCGCCACAUCCCGCCGCAGCUUCGGCCUCCUUCGGCAGGAGCGGCACAAGUGGGACGGCGGAGCCGACGAGUUCCACACUCGCCGCAUCCGUGCCGAGGCCCAGUGCCCUCGCUGCUCCCACUACAUGGACAUCCUCUUCUCCAACGCCUCCCCGUUCUCCAUCGCCGGUGGAGGCGGAGGAGGGUACCAGGCCCUUAACCUCUGCCCUAGCUGCAAGACCGCCUACUACUUCCGUCCCAACAAGCUCGUCCCCCUCCGGGGGACCUUCGUGGAGGUUGGGCGCGUCCGGGACUCCGGACCUGGGAAGGAGAUGAAAGAUGAUGACGAUCACGGGAACCGAAUCAAGAACUCCUGGGAGGCGCUGAGAUUGUCUUAUGGUGGGGAGCCGCCGGAGAAUUGGCCGCCCGUGCCUGGACCGCCGGAGACCAAUGGUUUGGCAGUGCACGCACCACCUGGACUGCCGUACCCGCCAAACUUGAAUGUGGUCAGGGUGGCCGGACCUGGUGGAAGCGGGGGAGGAGGUGGGUCAGCCUCUAGCGGUGGGUUAGGUGGCAAGGAAGGGUGGGGAGGGUCGAAUUUGGGAAAGGAUUUGCCAACACCGAAGGAAAUAUGCAAGGGGCUCGAUAAAUAUGUUAUUGGGCAGGAGCGCGCAAAAAAGGUGCUUGCUGUUGCUGUGUACAAUCACUACAAAAGAAUAUAUCAUGCAUCCUUACAAGAAGGCUCUGAAGCCAACCUGGGGAAUUCUGACACAGAAGGUGAUAAUGAUAAUAAUGUAGAGCUAGAGAAAAGCAAUGUGCUCCUGUUGGGCCCUACUGGUUCAGGAAAGACAUUGCUUGCUAAAACUUUGGCUCGUUUUGUGAAUGUGCCAUUUGUCAUAGCAGAUGCAACCACACUGACACAGGCAGGUUAUGUUGGAGAGGAUGUAGAAUCGAUAUUGUACAAGUUGCUUACGGUUGCUGAGUUCAAUGUACAGGCAGCACAACAGGGAAUAGUGUACAUUGAUGAAGUUGACAAGAUCACUAAGAAGGCUGAGAGCCUAAACCUUAGUAGAGAUGUAUCUGGUGAAGGUGUUCAACAAGCAUUGUUGAAGAUGCUAGAAGGAACUAUAAUCAAUGUUCCAGAGAAGGGAGCUCGGAAGCACCCACGUGGUGACAAUAUACAGAUAGAUACCAAGGAUAUUCUUUUCAUAUGUGGUGGAGCUUUUGUUGAUCUGGAAAAGACUAUUUCAGAAAGGCGACAAGACUCUUCUAUAGGGUUUGGAGCACCAGUUCGAGCAAACAUGAGAAGUGGUGGGUUGACAAAUGCUGUUGUGGCGUCAUCGUUGUUAGAAUCUGUCGAGAGCAGUGAUCUUAUAGCAUAUGGUCUUAUUCCAGAAUUUGUUGGGCGUUUCCCGAUACUAGUUAGUUUGUCAGCUCUAAGCGAGGACCAACUUGUUCAGGUGUUGACAGAGCCAAAGAAUGCUCUUGGUCGGCAGUACAAGAAAUUGUUUAGCAUGAAUAAUGUUAAGCUGCAUUUCACAGACGCAGCUCUUCGGUUGAUUGCAAAGAAAGCAAUGGCCAAGAACACUGGUGCACGAGGUUUAAGAGCCAUUUUGGAGAAUAUACUUAUCGAGGCCAUGUUCGAGAUUCCUGAUGUGAAAACUGGAGAUGAGCGAAUUGAUGCAGUUGUGGUGGAUGAGGAAGCUGUUGGGUCAGUUGACAAACCAGGAUGUGGAGCCAAAAUUUUACAUGGGGACGACGCGUUGGAUCACUACCUUUCUGAGAACAAGAGAAGUGAUGUCAUCGUCGAAGUUUCAGAGGGCGAGCUGGAAGGAGACUCUGAGCUCACAUCCGGAGCAAUGGGCAUGUGAUUUGCACUAAACACCACACAUUGUAUAAUCUACAUGUCGGUCCCAUUGUUGUGUAAAACUAUCCUUGUACACAAGUCAAAAAUAGCGCAGCAAGAAUCAAGUGAUGUUUUAAGAUCAAGUUGGCAAAGAAAUCAUGGAAUCAGUUUCCUUGUUAUCUCACAUUGGUGGCAUAAUCCAGCCCAUUAAAGCAUAAAAACAUUAUGUAAUUACACUCUGGUGUCCUCUAGCAAAACUUUAUACUAGCUAAUGACAUGAUGAUAUGUUGUCACUGAA